UAUAGUUUUGACAUAUUUCGCGUAGUUAGUAAUCCUGAAGUUAUUGUUCAGUUUUCGUUCACGUACAGAGUUCAACUGAGUAGGGUCACGUCAUGUCGGAUAUGCUAUUUGAUGAUCGUCCGGUCUCCGCGAAACUGUCUUUAGACCUACCUCACACCUGUUCACGACACAAGAAAAAGUACACAAUGAAGGGACUAACCAACAUCUUUACUCAGAUGGUGAAAGUGAGAACAUUGUCCACCUGCCUCAAACCAACGCUCUGUCCGUCCAGAAGUUCCUGCACCGCAAGACACUGUGUUGUCAGCACUGGCACAAUGACAAAUACAAGUGGCACGACAGCAGCAGGAAGACCUGACAUUAUGAAAACAAGACCACAUCACUUAUAUAAAGGACAAAUCCAGAUGCCAGUGUCGACGUAUCAGUUUAUUCCCUCCAGGCAGAUAGCGUCCACGUCUGUGUGUUUGAGUCGCGGCGGUAUCGGAGUUGGCGGUGGGCAGCAGCACAGCGACGAGGAUGCGCCGAGGACACAGACCAAGUCACAGGGAGCCACAGAUUUAGCCUGGGCCAUCCGGUUAGCAAAUGAAAAUGGGUACCUGUCCUGGUGCAGGAAUACCUACCUAGCAAGUGCCGUGGCAUGUGGGAUGCAAGCCGAGGGGACGUUGGAAGUCUCACAACUAGCAGCUCAAGGUGUGUUUCUUCUGGCUGGUAUCAACUUGACCUGGGGCACCAUCAACUUCAUCAUCUACAUCCUCCAGCUACGACAGCGAAUGGGGAUGUCCCUUGUGGCAUCGCUCAUCAACAUCACUGGUGCCACCUUCCAUCUGCUGGUCUGGCUGGCGCUAGUCACCAUGUAUCUCGGACUCACAGAGGAACCCCCAGAGACACCUGAUGGGGAAGAAGUCUGAUACCUUCCCCAAAGUCAAUGGGACACUUUAAACUUAAGAAAGACUGCCAAUGCUUGCUGCAGUUACCCCGAUAUAGAUGAACUAGGGUCCAUAGUCUGCAAAGUCAUUAAAACCAGAUCUUUCACCCC